AUGGCUUUACCGGGUUGGGUGAAAUGGAUGUUGAAGUACAGAAGUCUCAUCUUCCUCAUUGUCUAUCCCAUCCUUCUCAGUCCGCUUGUUAUUUUCCACAAUACUAGCGAGGCUAAAGGUGCUUAUGCCUUGUUGCUGAUGGCGGGCUAUUGGAUAACCGAAUGCAUACCAAUCUACGUUACAGCCCUUCUUCCCAUUAUCAUGGCACCUUUGAUGGGUCUACUCUCGUCAAACAACACCUGUAUCGAAUACAUGCGGGACUCAUGCAUGCUUUUCAUUGGUGGAGCCUUUUUGGCUGUCGCUACGGAACACCGAAAUCUCCAUCGCCGAAUCGGUUUGGCUGUUAUGAAAAUUAUGGGAGGAGACCCCCGAAUAAACGCUCUCAUGAUCACUAGCUUUAGUAGUGUUCAUAUUGGCCACCUUAAUGCAGAAAUGGACAAACCGUUUUUUUUUAUCAGUUGGGCCAUCUGGUUGAUGUUGGGACUUAUGCUGCCCACGUGGUUCCUCUCUAUGUGGAUGAGCAAUGCGGCUGCAACAAUCAUGAUGCUAACCAUCGUAGAGGCCCUCGUAUCUCGUCUUGAAGCAGUGAAACCUGAGGAAGAGGUCGGUUUGACUGCGAAAUCAGGCAAAGCUAAAGACGGCAAUACUCAAGACGGAGCGUGGAUCACUGGAGACCUCCAGAGCUCUGAGAGUGGCGUCCCUGCUGUACAGAUUGAAGGACAAAACGCAACUACGGUGGACAAAAGAAGUGCACACAACGAGGAACUGCGCAAGCUGGCGUCUGGUUUGAGUUUGGGUAUUGCUUUCGCAUCCAGCUGCGGGGGUAUGGGCACCGUCAUCGGCACGCCAACUAAUGUCGUCUUCUACGGUAUGGUGACCGAGAAGUUCUUCAAACGCAGGGGACAUGACAAGGCCCGAGACGAAGCUUUCAAGGCGAUCCUCGAGGAAGAGAAACGCUCUCUGGGUCCAGUCAAGUGGGCUGAGGGAACAUGCAUGACUGUGCUGGCCUUUGUUGUUCUGCUCUGGAUCUCCCGUGAACCCGGCGCACCCGGCUGGUCAAAAUUUAUGCCCAAGGUCAUGCGUAACGGAAAACUGACCCCUCUUGUCACUGACACGCAACCGGCCAUCAUCGGAACCGUGCUCUUCCUGGUCUUACCGGCAUAUAACCCGUUUGCGAAAAAGAUACGUGACGGCACACCUGCCGAUCCGGAGGAGACGGUGCUUCCAUGGAAAGUCGCUGCAAGCAAAUGCCCUUGGAGUGUGCUCAUCCUACUCGGCGGUGGUUUCGCUCUUUCUAAAAUUUGCUCGGUUUCCGGCCUAUCAACCCUUGUGGGUGAGAAUAUGAUCGCUCUCAAAUCCCUACCCGUGAUUGCCCUGGUCUACGUUAUCACAAUCAUCGGCUCCGCCAUCACCACCUUUGUUGCGAACGCGGCCACCGCUACAGUGCUUCUGCCUAUCAUGUUUCAGCUGGCGGAGACUCUCCAUGUUCAUCCCUUCAGUCUGGGCCUGCCCGUCACAAUUGCAGCCUCACUGGCUUUCAUCCUGCCAGCAGCAACACCAGCCAACGCUAUUGUGUUCGGCAGGGGCCGCGUCAAGAUGAAUGAAAUGUGGUUUGCUCGUCUGUCUGGUCGGCCAGCUGGUUACCGUCUUCUGUUCGUCCACGUACGCCAUACCUCUGUUCGACCUCAACACAUAUCCCGCCUGGGCGCCUAA